AUUUUACGUUUUGUUCUUACACGGAACGUUUGCCUUGAAUUUUGAUGCCUUAAUCUUACGCUUUAUUUUUACGUUUUAUUUUUAUGCUUUAUUUUUAAGCAUUAUUUUUGUGCUUUAUUUUUACGCUUUAUUUUUGUGCUUUAUUUUUACGCAUUUUUAUUUUUUUUUUUUCGCUGCCCUGGUGCACUUCCCCGACAAGCGACCCACUAGACAAACCGCCAAACGGCUAACCAGCUAGCCAACCGCCUAACCGUCUAACCGCCUAACCGCCUAACUACCCCCCUGCGCCAACUAUGAAUAAGCGAAUCUUCGCCUUCCGAGAUGACACCAAGUCCAAAGAUGCCGACGAGUUCGUCCGGAAAAAUGGCUUCACUCUACCUCUGCAGAUUUUCCAAGUCAUGUCCUUUAUCAUAUUCCUAGUCAUCGUGGGGUUAAUUAUUUUCAUUUCCGCCUUCAGCCCGAGUAGCGUUUUUAUCGUUUUCUACGUUUUCUUUUCCAUUUUAAUUACCGUCAUUUUGGUCCUCUCCUACAUUGUCACCAUAAUCAACCCCGUUGACCCUCUAUCCUUUAAGUACACGAAUAGCGAAAUAAACCAGGAAGAAAUUAAGAACCUCUACGAGUGUGAUAUUUGUGGCUUUGUAGAACCACAGAGCAAGCAUUGCAAAGUUUGCAACAAGUGCGUGUCCGUUUUUGACCACCACUGCAUGUGGGUGAAUAACUGCAUUGGGAAAAAAAACUACAAAUACUUCGUAGGUCUCCUCUCCGCUCUGACCGUGUUCAACUGUGUCGUCUUCCUCUUCUGUAUCGUCUUCUUUGCCGUUUCGAUAAAGCAUGAUCUCAUAAAGGACAGAUGGAAAUACUUAUACGGGUCGUACAACGACAUCCUAUUCUACCUCCUGCUGUGUUCCCUCUUCGUCCUGAACGCAGUAGUCUUUGUACUAGUCAUACAACUCUUCGGCCUCCAUAUUUUUCUCAUUUCGAAGAAAAUGACCACUUACGAGUAUAUCGUCAACCGGUCGCACUCCGAAGAGGAAGAGAAGGUAGGCAUUCGGACCUUCUUCGAGUGGCUAAUCAUAGACAAGAAACGCCUGCAGAAGUCGCACGGUGAAAAUCAGGACAUUGAAAUCCAGGAUAUUGAAAGAGUUAUGUCUUUAAAAAGUUAG